AUGAUUAGAGAUCUGAAACGUUUGGUGCUUUCAUGUUCGUUCUUACCUAGAAAUGAUGUAACGGAUAAUUGUACAUUAUUCCAAUGUAAUGAUGGAAGUAAAUGUUUAUCGAAGCACCGAUUAGCAGAUGGGGGAAACGAUUGUUCCGACGGUGAGGAUGAACAUCAAUCGAACACAUGUGAUCUCAAUCAUCAGUAUCGAUUUAAAUGUGAUAAUCACAUCAAAUGUAUCCAUCCAUCUUUGAUACGUAAUUACGAGGACGAUUGCGGUGAUGGAAGUGAUGAAGAGUAUUCUCAUGUUUCACUUUGUUCUGAUGCAAUGACGGAAGAAUGUUAUGCUCAUCGUCGUCAAGCACAUCAGUUUAACAUGACAUUCAGUCAACUCUGUAAUAACAUUGUUGAACGCAUUCCAGAUGCGAAUAAUGACACAGAUGAAUCUAAUUGUCCCAUGUCACAAUGGAAUUGUUUCACUCAAUAUACAAGAUGUAAUGAAGUCUGGAAUUGUCCUGAUGGUCGUGAUGAACUCAACUGUCAGCGGUCUCUUCUUUCUUUACGUUACUGUGAUUCAGUCAGUCAUUUCUGUUUGAAUAUUCGAGACGGAAAUCAAACAUGUUUAUCUAAGCAACAGGCUGGUGAUGGUGUUGUCGAUUGUGUUGGUUCAACAGAUGAACGAGAAUAUUGUCGUGUUCAUUAUCCGUAUGAGUUUAAACGUCGUUAUCGUUGUCAAAAUUCGACAAAGUGUAUUCUGAUUAGUGAAAUAUGCGAUUGUCAUCAAGAUUGUCCUUGGAAUGACGAUGAAACGAUCGCAUGUCAUUGGCUCAAUAACGGAAAAGAAACGAAUUGUGAUCCUCAUCGAUUUCGAUGUCGCGAUGGCGAAUAUUCAUCAACAGUUACGUUUAGAUCACGGUGCAAUGAUAAUCUUUUGGCGUGUAGUGAUAAAGAAAAUGUUCUCUUCUGCGAUUUGAAUGAUCGAUCAACUAGUCGACCAUUCCAGACGAAUGACAUUCCAGAAGUUCCAAAGUCUAAAAUCAAUCCGCUGGCUCGAAGUUCAACAAAAGAAAACGAUCUUAUUCAUUGGUAUUGUAAUCGUGGAAUUUAUGUGUAUUCACCCUCAAGUCCUCUCGAUUUCUAUUGUAUGUGUACAGAAUCUUAUUAUGGUCAUCGAUGUCAAUUUCAACGCAAACGAGUCGCUCUCAUUCUUCAGUUACAAACAACCAGUUCAUUCAACGCUGUUCUUUCAUCUUUCAAAGUUGUUCUUCUCCUCGUACGAAAUCAUACUUCAAAUACGAUUGUCUCACAUGAUCAACUGGUGUUUACACCACAUCGACACUGUCUACCGAAAUAUCUCANCUAUUGUAUGUGUACAGAAUCUUAUUAUGGUCAUCGAUGUCAAUUUCAACGCAAACGAGUCGCUCUCAUUCUUCAGUUACAAACAACCAGUUCAUUCAACGCUGUUCUUUCAUCUUUCAAAGUUGUUCUUCUCCUCGUACGAAAUCAUACUUCAAAUACGAUUGUCUCACAUGAUCAACUGGUGUUUACACCACAUCGACACUGUCUACCGAAAUAUCUCAUUCAUCUCUACUAUCCAACAAAUCAAUCUUUGAUUCCAUCAACUAAUUAUUCACUUCACAUUCACGUGUUUGUUGCCAAAACAUUAGAACUUCGAAGUUCGUGGAUAUUUCCUGUUCCGUUUGAGUUUUUGCCUGUUAAUCGUAUAGCAAAACGAUUGCUCAUACCUGAUGAGAGUUUCACACUACAGACAAUACAAUUUAAUACAACAAAUUCUAGAUCAUGUUCUAACGUGUCUCGUUGUAUUGGAUAUGAUAGUGAUCUUUGUGAAGAUAUUUGUGUAUGUCCACCAUAUUUGAGUGGUCGUCGAUGUUUCGUUCCGUUUGAUCCGUGUGUUAAUCAGAACUGUAGUGGACAUGGAAAAUGUUUACCAGUUGACUCACGUCUCUAUGAAACUGAUCAAUUUAUUUGUAUUUGUGAGAAAGAAUGGUUUGGGGAUGAAUGUGAAGAAUCAAAAGCUCGAAUUCAUGUGACAUUUGCUUCGAAUAUUCCCAAACCAUCGUCAAAUAUUGUAUUUCUUCACACGUUGGAAAUAAAUUUUGUCAAUGAGCCGAUACAUCUAACAUAUUUUCAGCGUCUGCGUUCAAACAUAUCCAAUUAUACAAUUCUUUUUGAUGAAGAGUAUCUGCAUGAUUUAAUUUUCAUCCAGCUAUAUGAGCAUAGCCAUCAGUAUGAAUUUUAUCUUCUACUGUCUCGGAAAAUGAAUAGUGUUGUAUUAAAAGAGAUCAAUAGUGAAGUUGAUCCAUCUCAUCGAUGUCCACCAAUUAAUGAACUAUUACAUCCAGAUAUUAUUCGUCUACCAAGGUUACGACGUGUCAAAUAUUAUCAACAAAUAUGUCGAAAUAAGGAGAAAUUCGUGUGUUUCUAUGAUGAUAAACUCAUGUGUUUGUGUGAUGAACGAAAUCAGAGUGAUUGUUUCAAUUUUGAACCUACAUCAUAUGGAUGUCUUGAAAAUCGAUGUAGUGGUCGAGGAAUAUGUGUUCAAGAUCAUAAUCUUUGUCCACGACAAUCGUUGUGUCUUUGUGAACCUUGUUCUUAUGGAGAGAAGUGUCAGUUUUCUCGAUCUGGUUAUUCUCUUUCAUUAGAUGCCAUCAUUGGAUCACAUAUUCGAUUAGCAACAUCGAAGACAAUCAUUCGGAUUAGUGUGGUUUUGAUCUGUUUAUUCGUUAUUACUGGAAUAAUGAUGAAUAUGUUAGGAGUUGGAACAUUUCAUGGACGAGCAACACAAAAUGCUGGUUCUGGUUUUUAUUUGUUAAUUUCCUCAUAUUUUGGAUUGAUGACGAGUCUUUCAUUGUCUGUGAAGUUAAUUUUCUUAUUUAUCAGUAAUCAAGGAAAUGUAUCAUGUGCAUUGAUUGAAUUCGUAAUCAAAUGGUCAUUAACAAGUUGUGAAUGUUUAAAUGCAUGUGUAGCCAUUGAACGAACAUUAGCGGUGAAUCUUCGUACUAAAUUCUCACGAAUCAAAAGUAAAAGAGUCGCUAAACGGAUUUCGAUUGUUGUGCCUAUGGUUGUCGGUGUUAUCUGUUCACCUGAAUUAAUCUAUCGUCGAAUGGUUGUUGACACGACUGAUGAAACUAAUUGGUGUGUGUUCACAUUGAAUGCUGAUCAACCGAAUAUCUCAGGUUUGUAUUCAGCGUCAAGCAUUUGCUUAUUCUUAAUUCCAUUAACAGUCAACUUAGUGUGUAGUAUCAUGAUUAUCAUUGGUAUAGGCCAAAUGAAACAAAAAACUGUUGUGAAAGUGGACAGUAUCGGGCAAGCGUCCUCUAUUAAUCUUUCUCUUACUCCGAUGAAUACGAAUUUCAUGUCAAAACUGGCAGCAAAUGGUAUCAUAGUACAGAUUGCUAAACACAAGCAUUUAUUGGUGGCUCCAAUUCUUUUAGCUAUAUUUGCUGUACCUCGAUUAGUAUUUGCUUUUGUAUUCGUAUGCAGUAAACUUGAUCGAUUUCCAUUUCUUACUUUACCAAGUUAUCUGAUUGGGUUUUUACCGUCAAUGUCUCUACUUUUUGCAUUUAUCCUACCAUCUGAUGUUUAUCGAGCCGCAUCGCUUACUUUUGUCAAAUUCAUUAUACCUACGUAUAUUCAAAAUUACUUCUUUCUAUUUCGUCACAGAUAA